AAGAGCCAUCCGCAGCUGGAGCUGCAGCUGCAAGGAACGUCUGUAGCGUUUCUUCGCGUAAUCGAGGUGUUCCGCACAGAAAUAGCGGCGAAGUUUUGGAAACGGACGCGAACUGUAGCAGCGAACUGUAGCAGGGAUAAUUAAAAUAACGUUUUUCUUGAAGGAGUUGCGUCUGGAUGCAGAGAUGUUUCACCUCCCGUCAUUUCUUGUGAACCGAUGUAUCCUGGGGGUUACCACAUAACCAUAAGUUUCACAAGUAAGUUUUUGGUCGCGGCCGGACUUGCGGGCAUGUAAACUGAGAGGGAUUCAGAGUGACAACUGAUAUCUUGGACAGAGAUGAAAUAGGUGCCGUCGCUCGUGUGUGCAAACCAUUGUUUUCGUUCAUCGAAGCAUCAGAACCGUAUUUGACACCUGUCGACGUUUUCUGUCUGUUCUUUAUUUCACUACACAAGUUUCGUAAGUGCGCGUUUGUUUGGUUGACUUGUCUGACAUGCAGCCAAGCUAAGUUGCCAUCAGUGAAAACUAGCUCGGCCACACCUUUAUGUCAGGUGGCUCCUCAACCAAAGUACCAUAGCCAUGAGUCAUGUGGAUCUGAAAGUGGUUCUUCUAGGCAAAGAAUACGGUGGCAAGACCAGCCUAGUCGAACGCUACCUCUACGACCGUUUCGAUGCAUCUACCCCGUAUCAGAAUACAAUAGGCGCUGCUUAUGGUGCAAAGCAGAUCGCCGUGCGCAAUCGAAGGAUUACCCUUGGAAUCUGGGAUACUGCUGGCAGUGAGAGGUACGAGGCCAUGAGUCGAAUCUACUAUCGGGGGGCUGGUGCUGCUAUUGUGUGCUUUGACCUCACUGACAGGGAAAGCUACCAGAAGGCAAAGUUCUGGGUGAAUGAGCUGCGCAAGCAUGAAGAGCAGGCACAAACUUUAGGCUUGAAGAACCAGCUUCACAAGGCGGAGGCUGCUGUUGAGCUCUGGUUUCCUGAAGGUCUAUCAAUUGGUGCAAAGAGUGGAGGUCAUUCAUCAAGCACUAUAAACAUCGCCCCCCUGCACUGGUCUAGUCACAGUGGGCUCAGCAAAGGUCAUUUGUGUCCUUACUCAUCCCUCAUGUGACUUUCUGGAGUGCCUUGAUCAAAUGUAGGUGUUGUUUAAGAAGUAUUGCAAGAAUCUUCUCGUUUAAAUAGUUCUUUGUGUGUUUUGUAAAGCAGCAUAUCUCUGCUAUGUAAUUGAUGUUGCAUACAAAGAUAUGCCUUUAUAUUGUGUAGGUAUGUAUAAUUGACAUUAUCUGCCAAUAAGCCAGUAGAAUUUCGAAAGUGGCAUAGCUAAGCAGGAGGAAACUUUCGGAUGUGGGAAGCUUUGUGAUGCUGUGCAUGGUUUCAAUAUUUGUAGGGAUGACCGAAAAGUUCAAGCGCAGUGAUUUUAUUUUGAGCGCAUGCACUUCGCUCACUAUGAUGUGUAGCAGUGUACGUGCAUGGAAGUGCGUUUUUAAUGUUCUGUACAAUGAAUGUAUCUGUUCUUGUGAAACGGCGCAAUAAAUUGCACACUGUUUCGUCCGA